UUUUCUUUCGUUUUGAGUUGGAUUAGAAAAUACUUUCAGAGUUGGAAUCCAUUCAUCAACUAAGUUGACUUAAAAACACUAUUUUCCCUACCCAUCUCAUCUCUGCCGUUUGUAUUUCAAACUACCAUGGCGGAAUCAUUUCUCUUCAGCAUAGCAGAGUCACUCAUAGCGAAGCUUGCUUCUCAUGCUUUACAAGAAGCUUCUCGAGUGGUGGGUGUAUACGACGAUCUUCGAAACCUUGGAAAGACUCUCUCUUUAGUCAAGGCUGUUCUGUUAGAUGCUCAGCAAAAGCAAGAUCACAACCAUCAACUUCGUGAAUGGCUCACUCAACUUAAAAUUGUCUUCUCCGAAGCAGAAGAUGUUUUGGAUGAAUUUGAGUGUCAAACACUGCAAAACAAAGUGGUCAAAGCUCAUGGUAGCACCAAAGACAAGGUAAGUCACUUCUUCUCCACCUCUAAUUCACUUCUUUUUCGCUACAAGAUGGCACAACAAAUUAAAUAUAUCAACAACAGACUAGACAAGGUUGCAGCGGAUAGGCAUAAGUUUAGUCUUCAAAUAAUUGACGUUGACACACGUGUUGUUCAUCAGAGAGAUAUGACACACUCCCGUGUGAGUGAUUCAGAUGUAAUAGGAAGGAAAAACGAUAAAGAAAAGAUCAUAAAACUUUUGAUGCAGCAGAAUCCUAAUGAUGAUGAUACAAGUCUAUCUGUUACCCCAAUUGUGGGGAUUGGAGGCUUGGGAAAGACUACACUUGCAAAGUUUGUGUUCAAUGACAACAGGAUCGAGGAAUGCUUCCCAUUGAAGAUGUGGGUGUGUGUUUCUGAUGACUUUGACAUUAAGCAACUUAUUAUCAAAAUCAUCAAUUCUGCCAAUGAUGCAGAUGUUCCUCCUCACCAACAGAAUUUGAACAUGUUGGACUUGGAGCAACUGCAAAACCAAUUGAAAAGCAAACUUUCCGGUAAAAAAUUUCUUCUUGUUUUGGAUGACGUAUGGAACGAAGACCGUGUUAAAUGGGUUGAGUUGAGGAAUUUAAUCCAAGUGGGUGCAGCAGGAAGUAAAGUUGUAGUGACCACACGCAGUCAUUCGAUUGCUUCCAUGAUGGGUACAGUUCCCUCUCACAUUUUAGAAGGUCUUUCGGAAGAGGAGUCACUGUCUCUGUUUGUGAAGUGGGCAUUUAAAGAAGGAGAGGAGGAAAAACAUCCUCACUUAGUAAAUAUUGGCAGAGAAAUUGUGAAAAAAUGCAAAGGGGUUCCACUGGCAGUGAGAACGGUAGGUAGUUUACUAUUCUCGAAAUUUGAGGNNAGUGAAUGGNAAUAUGUGAGUNNNANUGAAAUCUNGAAUUUGCCUCAGAAAAAAGAUGACAUUUUACCUGCCCUUAAACUGAGUUAUGAUCUCUUGCCAUCCUAUUUGAGGCAAUGUUUUGCAUUGUUUUCCCUUUAUCCAAAGGAUUAUNNNUUCNNUAGUNAUGAAAUANCUGNGAUUUGGGGGUCACUUGGACUCAUUGCACUACCAAAAACGAAUAGGACACUUGAAGAUGUGGCCAAUCAAUAUUUGCAUGAACUCCUGUCAAGAUCCUUUCUCCAAGAUUUUGAAAACUUUGGCACUUCUUACAGUUUUAGAAUACAUGAUUUAGUGCAUGAUCUCUCCCUAUUUGUUGCGACGGAUGAGUGUCUACACGUGAGUUUCAACAUUCAAAAUAUUCCAGAAAAUAUUCGGCAUCUGUCUUUUGCUGAAAGCAGUUUGUUUGACAAUUUAGUGAUAAAAAAAUCAGCAGCUGUGAGAACCGUACUGUUUCCGAAAGGUGCAGUAGGUGCCGACGGUGAAACUAUACUAAAUACGUGUCUGUCAAAGUUCAAAUGCUUGCGAGUUUUGAAUUUAGAUGGUUUGACAUUCGAGACUUUGCCCCGUACCAUUGCUAAGAUGAAACAUUUGAGAUAUUUGAACAUUAGCAAUAAUCGCAAGAUUAAGAGACUCCCCGAUUCUAUUUGUAAGCUUCAAAGUUUGCAAGUGUUGAUAAUUAGCGGAUGCAUAGAGCUGGAAGUAUUGCCCAAAGGAUUAGGAAAAUUAAUCAAUAUCCGUCAUUUGUUGUUUAGCACAAAGCAAGUUGUUUUGCCUGUGAAUGAGAUGGCCAAAUUGGGGUCGCUUGAAUACUUGAGUGUUACAUCAUGCCAUAAUGUGGAGUCCAUCUUUGGAGGAAUAAAAUUCCCUUCUCUUAAAACAUUGUGCAUUAUGAACUGCCAGAGUCUAAAGUCAAUGUCGCUGGAUGGUCAAAAUUUUCCUGAAUUAGAAACAUUGGUUGUUGUGGCCUGCGAUAAUUUGGACAUGGAACUGUGGAAGGGUGAUCAUGAAGAAGAAAGUCCGAAGCUGAAGUUAAAACUUGUAUUUUUUAGCAAUUUAUCACAGCUGGUGGCAUUGCCUAAAUGGGUUCAGGAAGCUGCCAACUCCUUAGGGUGCUUGAUUGUUUCAAAUUGUCACAAUAUUGAAACACUUCCAGAUUGGUUACCAGCUCUGACUAAUCUGAAAUCACUUCAUAUAAUAGGUUGUCUAAAUUUGGUAUCUAUCUCAGAUAACAUUCAUCUUCUCACUGCACUUGAAAUUUUGAAAAUUAGUGGCUGUCCUAACUUAUAUAAAAAAUAUGAACCUAAUGUUGGAGAGUUUUGGCCCAAAAUAUCACACAUCAAAGACAUUGUGAUUUAUAAACCAAAAGAACCUAAGAAGAAUUAGAGGAAGAGCCAGACAGUCGGAAGCCCCUUUUCUGGAUGUGUAUUCAUAAUGUUGAUUUUCUUUGUGUGGUUUUCCAGUUUUUCUGUCGUGAAAAUUAGUUGGAGCCAGUAGUUAAGGCAUUUCAAUUUAGAGAGACCUCCAUGAUAUAAUUUUGUAAUAGUGCUAUAUUUGUUAUUUCUAACUGCUUUGUUUUGUGGAUUAUUGAUAUUGAUGUACUCAACUUCAGUAUUUCCGUGACCUAAAUAUUGUCUUUCACUUGUGAAAAAUAAAAGUAGAAGACAUGUAUAGAAGUCUGAAUA